AUGGAUAAAGUGAUAAAUGGCGACACCGGGGAUCUCACGGAACCCCUACAUCACGCAAAUUCAAAGGACAAAAGCAAAUGCAUUAAUAAUGGCGCCAAUAGUAACAUCAAUAGCACUAACCUAUCGGACAGUGGGUUCUCAGAGGGAACGGAGGAUAACAAAGGGUUAACGGUAGGCAAUGGAAAGGUAGCCAACGGUAAGCUGACGCCAAAUGGCGGCCAACAAAGUCGACUCCACGAGACAAUACAGAUGGAGAGGAUUCGGUUGAAGUCGAGGGGAAACCACUUCUUCUCGGACGGCAAACGACGAGUCGAUUAUGUUUUGGUUCACAUGAAGACCAACCAAAUCAAGACCAAUGAUGAGUCCAUUGCCGCCAAAUCACGCAAUGUCUUCGAAUCAAAUCUGCGGGAAGAGGGUCUGGAGCUGGAGUACGCGGACGACAUCGGCGGGUAUGGCUACGUGUUCGCCAAGAUCUACACGCCCUGGCACGUGAUGACCCGGUACGCGGAGGUGAUGAAGCUGAAGAUGCCGAUGAAGACCAUACAGACCUCGUGGAAGAUGCUGUUCGACGAGGACGAGGAUCACGCCAUGCGAUUCACGGCCGCCUACUCGCGGGAUAAGGACUACCUGUUCGACAUCCCGCCCCAAAAGGAGCAGUUUUUCUCGACGGCACAGAGAGCACAAGUGGUCGAGUUUAUACUCAAACGCAAAAGCUUUAGCCCUAACCUCAACGAUGCCAACGAGUUUGGUAUCAGUAAACUGUUGAACGAUAAUAUAUACAUAGCUGCCUACCCCCUACAUGAAGGGUAUAAUACAGCGUGUAGUAAACUGCACUUCUAG